UGAGCGCGCCGAACGCAAGAAGAACGCUGUUCCUCCUCACAUGCGUCGCGCUGCAGCCAAGAAGGAGUAGUUGGACAGUUAUGAUGGGAAAUGAUUAGUUUAAUGAUCCGCUUUGCUUGUUUCUUUUCUGUUUUUCUCGUCUCGCUCGAUACCCAUGAAUAUUACAAUCAGUCUGCUUUUGAAACUCUUCUUCUUCUGUCCUGCUGUGGAAUUAAUAGCUAUCACGAAUUCACAAUGCAAGGCACUUCCGCCCAACCACGAACUUCGAGCGAUAGUGAUGUUUUCACAAGCUCUCAAUGGACAAUCACCGCCAAAAUAUGUCUUGUGUUUGCAUGGUUCGAAUUCAGGACCGCAUGUAGAUAAACCAAGAGUGCUCAUUCUCAACUCUUCUGUCUCUGACCUCUAACUCAAUAUUUCUUCAAUGUUAUAAAAUGCCUCCAGACAUCACU